AUGUUUUCAUGUGACAAUCUCAAAGCAAAAAUUUCUCUGGAUAUAGCCAUUGUGGGAGCUGGUAUUGGAGGCCUUUCCGCAGCUUUGGCUUGUAAUAGAGCUGGUAUGUCGGUGACGAUCUAUGAAGGUGUAUCCGAACUAAAAGAGAUUGGUGCAGGUAUUCAACUUGGACCUAAUAUGUUUCGAAUCUUGCGUCAUUGGGGAAUCUACGAUCCGGUACAUCUCAAAGGUGUUACUCUUAAAGAACUUUCGCUUCGACGAUAUGCUGACGAUAGCGAACUCUCUCGAAUAUCUUUGAGUAACGCUGAAAAAGUCUAUGGCGCUUCAAUGGUGACUGUUCAUCGAGCUGAUAUUCAAAAAGUCCUGAGAGAAGAAGUUGAAGCUGCACGUAUUCAUAUCGAAUUAGGAUCGCGUGUUCAAGACAUCGAUUUCAAGAACACUCGUAUAAAAAUUGAACAUUGUUCUAAUUGGAUCAAGAAAGAUGUGAUCAUUGCAGCGGAUGGUAUCAAAUCCAUUAGUCGCAAGAAAAUAUUAAUGAUGCAUGGAAGAAAAGACAGAAUAAGGGACACAGGCGAUGCAGCAUGGAGAAUUCUAAUUCCUGCUGAGCAAAUAUAUAAAAGUAAAGAUAUUGAUCUGAUCGAAAUGCUUGACAAUCAAAUUGCAUUUCGAUGGAUAGGUCCUGAUGGACAUAUUGUUACCUAUCCAAUUCGUAAUAACAGAUUUCUUAAUGUGGUUUUUAUUCAUUCUAAAAAGCCAUCUGUACAUGAAUCGUGGACGAACAAAUCAGAUAAGAAAGAAAUAGUCAAAUUUUAUAAAGAUUGGACACCUCGAAUCAAGAAAUUACUUGAUUACGUACCAGACGGAGAAAUAAUAGAAUGGAAUCUGUACGAUUGUAAUCCAUUAAUUACAUGGAUUGAAGGCAAUGUGGCACUCUUAGGUGACGCAGCACAUCCAAUGCUACCAUAUAUUGCUCAAGGCGCAGCUCAAGCUGUGGAAGAUGCAGCUGUUCUAGCCAUCUCGCUCGCUAUGAUCGACAACAAAAAUCAAAUUAAUACAGCAUUAAAAGUAUAUGAACUAUUACGCAAAGAACGAGCUGAGAUCAUACAGACUUCUGCAGUUCAUAUGCGUCAAACUUUACAUCUACAUGAUGGAAAACAGCAAGAAGAGCGAGAUGAUCUGAUACGCAAUAAAGGCAAAGGAGAUUGCAAUCCUGAUCUGUUGUCGGAUGAAUCAUUUGAAGCAUGGUGUUGGGGAACGGAUGUACAACAACAAGCAAUCACCAUGUGGAAUCAGCUUGUAGAACUUAUUUUGAAAGGCGAACAAAUCCAAUCAUCUCCUGAUACAAAAGAACUACCAUGGUUGAAACUAUUGAAAAAAUGGCAACUGAUCCAAAAUGAUCAAGCAACAACACGUAAUUCUACACUCUCAAGAUUUAACUAA